UGAUGUCCUAGUUCGGUGAUAGACGAACAUGGCCGUCAAACAGUUUUUUAUGAUAGUUGUGAGGAUUUGUUAGUAAUGAUAUCACUUAUUUGUCCCACCGAUUCUGUUUAUUUGUAGUCUGUUAGGCAAGUGGAAACGUCCGUCAUCGACCAGACUUCUAUUACUCCGCCCCCAUCCUAAUUAAAAAGCUAUACAAUAUUAAUGGCUAAAUUACGGGACGCAACUGAAAGUUAUUGAAUAAAUCGCUUACAUAAAAAAAAAAAAAUAAUAAUAAAAAAGGCUGUCUUCAUCAAAUCAGACUAAAAGUGCCUCGUUCCUUUUGUGAUAAAUUGCUUUUGUGAACAGCAGAUUGGCAGAAAUGUUCGAAACCAAUGUAAUAUAUUGUGAUAGUGGUAAAGACUGAAAAAAAAGUUGUUUAUUUAUAAAUUUAAGAAAGACAGGAAAUUUUCAAAAAUGUUGGUCUUGAAGUCAACUUUCGUCUUGUUCAUCGCUGUACAAAUUCAAGAGCUGAAUGCACAAAGAGUGUGUGCUAGGUCGCAAGAGACUGGAACUACUUUGUUUGAAGAUCUUGUGUAUGCCGCUCGAGAGAUAGAUGACAAUGAUAUUCAGAAAGAUCAAGAGGUUUGUAAAAAAGGGACUCAAACAUGUUACGCAUUCUGGAAGAAAGGAAAUUCAAAUGAAAACAUCACUUUUUUUUCAGCAGGUUGCUGGGAGAUUUCCGGGCAAGGAGAGUGCACCUCUUCUGUUUGCCAGCCGCAAUCACACCCCAGGAAGAGCUUAGUGAACGCGAUGUUCUGUUGCUGCACUGGAAACUUAUGCAAUACCAAUAUCAGUUUCAACAGCCCUGUAAAAGAAGGUGAACCUUUAGAAGAGACAUCUUUAAGUGCAAAACCGUCAUCAUCGAUGUACAAUUCGGGAGAAAACAGAGAAUGGAAAGUUAUAGUCUUGGGUGGAUGUGGAGGACUUUUAUUUCUACUUUUCCUCACUAUUGUUUUUGUUGUAUGGGGACCAACAACAAUGAAGAAAAAAACAAAUCACGUUCCACCACAACAACCUCCUCCAAAGGAAGCAAACAAUUCAUAUUCACUUUCUCAGUUAAGCCUUGAUAAGAUUGUCGGACAAGGAAGAUACGGGACGGUAUGGCUUGGUCAUUUAAAGGGUCAGCAGGUUGCAGUUAAAAUGUUUCCCAUGCAUUACAGCCAGUACUUUUAUAAUGAAAAAGACAUUUACACCCUUCCAUUCAUGGAGCAUUCAUCCCUCUUAAAAUAUCUUGGCAGUGACGAAUUUCCAAAUAAAAAUGGUCUGAACAGUUUGGCUCUUGUUCUCUCAUACUGUCCUCUUGGUACACUACAGGAAUAUUUGAAAAGGAACACACUCGAUACUGCCACGUUUAUUCGAAUGGCAUUGUCUACGACUUCUGGUCUUGCUCAUUUGCACACUGAAAUUCACAAGAAAGAUAAAUGGAAGCCUUGCAUAACACACAGGGAUGUCAACACUAAAAACAUUCUUGUUAAGGAAGACUUGAGCUGUUGUUUAGUAGAUUUAGGAUUAGCAGUUAAAAUAACCGGAUCUCAUUAUUAUACUCUAGGUGAAGAACAACACGCUGAGACCAAAAGCAUUAAUGACGUGGGGACAUUAAGAUACAUGGCACCUGAAGUAUUAGAGGGCGCUGUCAAUCUUCGAGAUUGUGAAUCAUCUUUAAAACAAGUUGAUGUUUAUGCCCUCGGCCUUGUUUUAUGGGAGAUAGCCAUGAGAGUCGUCGACUUUUACAACAGGCCGAAUGAUGUCCUACCGUACACUCUACCAUUUGAAAAAGAAGUUGGGCUUCAUCCCACAUUUGAAGAAAUGCAAGUCUUAGUUUCAAAGAAUAAGGCCAGACCACUUUUUCCUCAGGAGUGGAAAUGUAACCUUAUGACCACGACAAUAAGGGAAACAAUUGAAGAUUGUGUGGAUCAAGAUGGUGAAGCACGCCUUACCGUGCUUUGUGUCCAUGAAAGAAUAAACCACUUGCACAGAGGUUCUUUGCAAGUCGGAAAUAUAAGUCCUACCUUCAAUCAGACAAAUACUUCAUUUUCAGCUCCAAGCAAUAAUAACAACAUUAAAUUCCUUGGGUCUGAUAUGUAUCAAGGAGAUAAAGAAAUGGCGGAUGGCUGUGUUUCUGAAGGUACAGUUGAGACGAUGAUCACAUUAUCUCCAUCUGAACCUUAUCCUGUUUAUUUAAGCACUGUUUCCAAAGAACCAAUCAUACAACCCCAUCAAGGGCGUAACCGAUGUCUUGAGCGCAAUCUUCUCAGUUGCGACUCCAGUGAAGAACUGUGCAUAGUACAAACUUCAAGCAAGCACAAAAGAUUUCAAAAUCGCGACUUGUUUGAAGAAUCUGAAAGUCUGAUGCGAGAUACUGCGAGCCACCAAACAUCAAUACCUUAUGUUCAAAACAAGCCUUUUAUGAUUCCGAAACAAGUGAAUACCCCAGUAAAAGGCCAGACUGGUUUGGUCGCGUCGUUAAUGAAACUGAUUAAAAAGAAAGAAGAGCCUGCUGAAGACACCGCCUCAUUGACUCACGUUAUCGUCUCGCCGUUUGAGGAACAGCCUCCGAGAAGGCCGUCUUCCCUCCAGUUGAUCCCUGUAGCUGAUGAAGGACAAGUCGGCCCUGUUCAAGAGGACGAAUUUGAAGAAAAACGGUUGAAAGAACUUUCUAGCAGGAUUAGGACUCCUGGUGAUCUCCCGCCAUCCGUUCGUAAAAAACGGGGAUCUAAAGCACGGUUGUCAUUGUAUGACGAUCGCAUGAUGUCAAACUCGGUGCUCGAUUCUACAUUCUAAUCUAGUCAAUAAUUUAUUUGAUUUUUAAUUCUUUUUUAGUGCCAUAUUCUCAGAUUAACUUGAAGCAUUAAUAGAUGGAUUUUUAAAAAAUUACAAUCAUGAUUGUAACAAUACUAAAUUAAGUGCAAGUUGAACUGCAUUUAUAAAGCUUUAACAAUUUGAAAUUUUUAGUAUUAAAAAAGUAAACAGAUCCAUGCUAUUGUAACCUACAAUCUAUUGUAAAAAAUGGAAUAAAUUUAUCCCAUAAGCUUUUUUUUCUUUUGACAAAUCAAGGAUAAUCUUUCAUAUUUUAUAUCUAUAGCUUACAAACAUUGAUUUACCGGUAACAUGGUAACAUUAAACAACAAAUAGUCAUUUUUCAGUAAGACAAUAUAUCUCAAUACUGGUUGUGGUACAAUUUAUAAGACAGAGAAAAUGUUUGUAGUCUUUGUAUUUUUAUAUCUAGUAUUUAGACCUAGUCGUGUAUUGAAUAGUGAGAUUCCGUUUGGAUCCAGCAUUUGUGACAUAGCACGUGUAAUUAUUAAAAUUUAUUGACGUAUCAAUUUUAAUUAAUACUGUUUAGAAACAUGACCGAGUAAGAUUAUAAAUUAAAAACAAUAAUAAUACUGAUUAAAGCAAAAUGCACAAUAUAUGUUGUCGUAAAAGCCACUUAUACUUAGUUGUGUUUUACACCCCACUGUUUACAAUUACCCAUUGACCCUGUUCCACAGCUUUCAAGAAGAGUUGAAAAUAGAGGAAUGGGUUGAAAUUGUACAAUUAGAAUUACAUAUAUAUUAUAAUCAUACAAUUUAUCAAAGUGCAGCUUUUUAUUUGUAUUUAUGAAAAAAUUUUGCUUUUCAGCUUUUUUGUAUUCAUACCGAAGAAUUUGUAUAUAAGCCUAUUAUAUUAAACUAUAUAAAUAACCUU